AUGGCACAUGAACAGGCAUUCUCAUCGCACAUACUGGAACCAAUAGAAGAACUUUCAGAGGAAGAAAAAGGAAGAGAAAAUGAACAGAAAUUCAAUGACAACAAGAUACAUAUAAGGAAAACUUUGAAGAAUAACCCUUCCCUCACUAAAGAAAUAAGAACUGUCUUGGAGCAGAGUUUGGUGGAGAAACUGGAAACCUUGGGGAUUAAUGCAGAUAUACGUGGUAUUUCAAGUGAUCACUUGAAUAGAGUGCUAAGAACUGUGGAAUCAACAAGACACGAGCGAGAAAGACAAAUACCUAACAUUCAGCAAAUUCGAGAAUUCCUUAAACAUCAGGUCAGCUGUAAAAUUGAAGAGAGAACACUGCUGUCCACAGACAGGUACGGUGCUUCUCAAAUGAACACCCUUUCAACUGGAGAACUACCUAAAGCAAUACACCUUCCUCCCAAAAGCAGACAGCUGAUUAGACAAAGACCUGUUUUUUCUGAUAGAACAUCUGUUCCAAAAGUUAAGAAAAAUGCCACAGAAGAUCAUUUUCCCAGGAGGUCUUCCACUAUUGCGACUCCUCCCUUCAGUUCCGAGGAGGAGCUGGAUGCUGACGACCUCAUCCAGGCGUUCGCCUCCCCAGACGUACUUCCUGUGCUGGCUUCUAAAAGCAACAAGAGUAGUUUCGUAAAGAGCACCGUCAAAAGCGACACUGACUGGACGGAGGGAAGGUGCCAUGGCAGCAAAUUAAAACUUAACACGGAGUGCGGGGCUCUUCCUCCGUGCUCAUAUGAGCAGUAUUUCUGCCCAGCCACCAAGCUCACAGUCGUAGACGAUCUGAGCCAGGUGCACCCGCCCAAGGUGGCUGUGUUCGAACCCUUGGAAGCAGAGAUCUCCCAGACCCAGAAGGCCACACUCGUGUGCCUGGCCACGGGCUUCUACCCCGACCACGUGGAGCUGACCUGGUGGAUGAACAGGAAGCAUGUCACGACUGGGGUCAGCAUGGACCCUGAGCCCUACAGGGAGGACCCCACGUGA